CCUAAAGCAUCCUGAUUUACUGUAACUGAGGCACCAAAGUGCUUGGCAGUUAUCCCAGACAUUGUGGGAAAUCCCACUCUCUCCACAUAUGGGCAUCCUGUCUCCAGCUCCCUCCCGCCAUAACAGAAAUGCAUGUCAUCUUCCUGUUUAAAGAAAAAAGAAACUGUAUAUGUAUCAGAGCCAACCAAUGAGGAGCACCCUUCCUUCCUGUUUCCAACCAAUAGAAUUUCAAAUGGAAAAAAAGUGAAAGUAACAUGAGGCGUGUUAAAGUAGCGGGUGCUCCUUCAUCUGGCUCACAGACAUGUGGACCUGCAGAGUGCAAGGGUUGACAGAGAAAUCAAGAGCUAUGAAGCUGCUACCAGACAAUAUCAAGGUUCUAUAUUUUGCCAGUGACUGUGUGGAGCCGUAUGUUGAGAUCAUCACAGUAAAGGACACUAAGCGCCGUCUGAGUCUGUGCAGCUCAGAGGACUCUGAAGCUGAGGAGCCUGAAUACCACGAGGAUGUUGACAAUAUUCUUCCUGUCUUGAGUGACCACAGCCAUCUGAUGGAUGACCAUCACCUGGAGAGACUUGUGGUUCAGAUGCCACCAAGGACCCAGGGGUAUCCAUGGCAUCUAGCCUACAGUACAGCGGUCCAUGGUAGCAGUCUGAAGACGCUGUACAGAAACAUGGCUGGUCUGGAUAGUCCUGUACUGCUGGUCAUCAAAGACAUGCAAAAAAAGGUAUUUGGAGCUUUUUGUUCAGAUCCAUUCAGAGUCAGUAAAUACUGCUACGGUACCGGAGAAACCUUCCUGUUCAGCUUCAACCCUGACUUCCAGUCAUACAGGUGGAGUGGAGAAAACUCCUACUUUGUGAGUGGCAACAUGGAAUCUUUGCAGAUCGGCGGAGGAGGGGGAGGUUUCGGUCUGUGGUUGGAUGCUGAUCUGUACCAUGGUUCAAGCUUUUCCUGUCCUACUUUUCACAACGCACCUCUCUCUACACAAGAAGAUUUCAUUGUGCAAGACCUUGAAGUGUGGACUGUGCAGAACUGAGACUGAUGAUCUGCAAAGAGAAACCACUCUCCUGUCUUGAGUUGGACAAUUUCAAGACCAGUACCAGCCACUGCUGUAUGAAACCUGAUCGAGCCAUUGCUGUAAUCUGUGUGUCUGACCCGCAUGGAAGCUGCUCUAAUGGUUCUCAGGAUGGACUUUCACUUAACACUGGUUUGAUCUGCACCGUUUUUUUCUGCAAGAAACUGGCCAGACAAACUCCUGUGGAUCAGGUCCUGUUGUGCUAAGUCCAGUUAAUGACUGGCACUUGAAGCUUUAAGAACUCUAGGCCGUCCCUUGGCUCUGGGGGCAUAAUCAGAAAAAAACAGGUGAAUUAAAUGUCUGUACCUGCUGUAAGCACAUUUGGGAUUUUAGGAAAGUUUUUUUUUAAUUUAUAAGAAACAACCACUGUAGUUUUGUAGAGUGUUCAUAGUUCACAGUAAGUGCAUAUAUCUACACAUACCUGGCUGAUUAACAUACAAACAUUUCAGACAAGAAUGUAAUACUAAUUAACUUAUUAUUACAGUAAAAGCACUGCAAUAGCACAGAACCAACAAUGUCUUAACUAGACUGAAAUUGUACAUUUAUGUCAGAUCCAGUUUUCAUGCUCUCAAUAUGAAAAAAUUAAAAAAAUUUAAAAAAAAAAAAAAAAGAAAAAGAAAAUGCUGUGGGUAAUGACCUCACAGCUUGGGAUGCAAAAUAAAAGUUUAGUAUUGCACUAUAAACAAUGUUAUCUGUGAUGAAUGCUGUUUGCGGAAGAAGGGACCUCAACUGUUAACAGUCACUUCUGUUUUUUAAAUGAGAUAUUUGCAAGCUUAUUCACAGAGAUCGACUUAAUAUGGUUUAACUCAGUGAAACGUUUCAAACCUUUUAUGUGUUGUUUUUGAUAUUUUUUCAGGAAAACUAAACAGGGAAGCACAGAAAAUAUUGAUGUUUUUCCUCUGUUUUUACAGUUAAUUUUGUUUGUGUGUGAAUUUGAGUCUGACAGGCAGUGCUGGCGCUGUUGAUACUGUUUGACUGAAUUUUAUUAAAAGUCUUUCCUGCUGA